AAUGCUUCACCCAUGUCGCUACCAGCGCCUGGUCUCGUUCGCUCGCACGACGUGUCGCGCGUUGUCGGCGGAUGCACACUCGAACAGUGCAUCCCCCUCGUCUGACUCUAUUUUCACCACCUCUGAUUCUCCAUGGGACCAUGUCUUCGCUGACAUCGACUCCGUACGUCCCCUCCCACCCGCAUCCGCCCGUGGCCCUUCCCGCCUUUCCGGGCACUCAGCUGGAAACUCUUCGAAUGCGGCAUCCAACUCCUCUCUCCUAGGUCGGUCUGGUGGCAAGGUCCGCAGGCAAGCCAUGACAGCACAAGAAAUCAGUGCAUUUGACGAGAUGUUCAAUAUGAUAUUCAACGCCGUCUCUGAUCGGCAAGCCGCUUCCAAGUCAUCGUCACAGUCUCUCGGCCACCAGCCACCCAGCAUUGGUCCUUCCUCUUCUGCCGCACCACUCAAUAUAUUCCGGACGCUCCGUCGGCAUUCGUCUCGUGUCCGGUGGACCACUGCGUCAGACGAGGAGCUCGAUCGUAAGAAAGAAGAAAUGGAACUCUGCGAUACAGACCAGGAGCUUCUCGAGUGGGCAGCGAGAGAGGUGUUUUCAGAGUCUCAAAAAUAUGUAGAGAACGCACAAAAAGCGCUGGAGCCUGCUAAUGCCGGCGGCAGAUCUUCCCUGGACAACGUCCAGGACAUAGAGACGCCAGGCUCGACCAACAGGUCUGCACAAAUACCACCCCUCCAACCCCCCACGUACCCGUACUUGCUCGCACACCUCAUGAAACUCUUCCGAACCACCUAUGCAAACCCAUCACUUUCCCUUUGCAUAUUUACAUAUGCAUCUCGUCUCUCUAUCCCAUCGUAUGUGUUCGGCUGUACUGCUCCGGUGUACAACGAACUCAUACUGGCGAAAUGGGAGGGUUGGGCCGACCUACCUGGUAUCUGCACGGCACUGGAAGAAAUGAGACUGAACGGGGUGAGAGGAGACAGUCUCACCAAAUCAAUUAUCGAGAAGAUCAGGCGGGAAGUGGCAGAGGCGCAGCCAUUUGAACUGAGUAGUGUUAGCAACCCGGCAAUGCAUGCAACCGAUACGAACCUCCUAGCGCGACGUCUCUGGGUCAACCUUGGAGAGACCGAUGUCGUACGACUCCUCACGCGAAUUGAACAACUCUCUCUCAAAGAAACUGUGCGCCGAACGCGGUCAUCCGUAGGAGGCAAGCCGGUUCUCGGUCGAGAAUCUUGGAAAACAGAGUUUCUAGAUCCCGGAACGAAAGAUGACGGUUGGGAGUUUGAUAGUUGGAGUCGACCGCAGAAGAGUAAGGGGAAGAAGAGUCAGGGGAGGGCGUCAGGCAAGCGCCAAGAGGUCUCACUCGCCGAUGUGUGUAGCAGUCCCCAAUCAGCUGAUUCAAACCACGGCUGGUUGGGCUUGUUGGACUUGGAUCAUAGUAACACACAUCAGUAGCCCAGGGUUUGCUAUGUUACACUACGAGCGCUUUAAUUGGAUCUCUACACCCAUGAGUUCUUACCCCUUAGUGAAUAUACUCUGUUAUGAU